AUGCCUUCCUGCUCUUCCCUUCUCUUUCCGUUGCGCGUCUGCAGGCACACACGCAACCGCGUGCGCGCGGGGCUCCUUUCGUGGUCGGCGCUGCCGCUGCCGUUUCCUUCCGGGGCCGCGGAAGCGGGGAGGAGGGGGACGCCAAGGGCGGGGGAGCGCCCCGCGGCCGAGUCCCGCCUUCUCUUCCGCGCGUGUGGCGGUGCGGUGUGCGCCCCUCCGCUCCUCGCGCCGCUCUGCGCCUGCGGCUGCCCCUCCGCGUGCGUCGCGGCGGCCGAGGAGGAGGUGGAUGUGCCGGUGGAUUUCUCGUGUGCGGACGCUGCCGACAGGUGA